CGUGCGACGUAGCAGCAUCGCACUCCUCCGUUCCGUUCCGUUCCUUCCUUCCUUCCUCUCUCUCUCUCUCUCCUCCCUCCCACUCUCCUUCUCACCCCUCCUCGGGACCCUUCCCUCCCACCCUCUCCACUUCUCUAGCCUCACUCACUCACUCACUCACUCCUGCCCAGCCCUACGCCCACGUUCCAUCCUCCUCGCCCUCUUCCUGUUGUUGUUGUUGUUGUUUAUACAUACUAUUUCCUUAUUCAUUCUUCCAGGUUCUCCGAGGAGAACACUCUCUGACGUGGAGGUUUAGGUUUUGAUGAAUGGCCUUGCCGAUUCGCUUGCUGAUUCUGUAGUGUCACGUGUAAAGCGUGUGCAUUUUCAUUGUAUUGCUUUACUCUGAUAAUGAUUUGGGUUUUCCUUCCGCAUUCUAUCCCAUGUUUCCUCGACUUGUGGCGCGGUGGUAUGCACAUGCAAGAGAUCGGGAGUGUGUAAGUUUAGCCUGAUUCAUGGGCCGAUCGCGUAGCCGCGAGAGAAAGCCGUGGAUCAUUUAAAUAUUGCUAAUAAACAAUUCAGCUUGUAUUACUGGAUUGAUGCCGUAGACGAUUGUGAGUAUUGAAGUUAGGGUUUGAGCGCAAGCAAAAGUUGCAGAAAUAUGGAAUUGGGUCGCAUUUUCAGAUUGGUGAAACGGGCGUGUUGAAUAAGAUUCUUCGGGACAAUUGCCUCAGGUGGCACUCUGGAAUGUGAGUCAGUGAGAUCGUGCUGAAAAGAUAUUACAAGGUGUAGGUGCUUUGGCGAUGCAGUGGCCCUAGCCGAGAUCUGGGAUUCUGAAGCGGCAUUUUCUGUUGUCGAGAGGUUGGACGGUUGUUCAGAAGGGCCGCAAUGGAGUCGUGGGCGAACGUUAUUAUGAAGAAAGCUUUUAAGCAUGGAUCACAAAAUACGAUCGACCAGUUGAAGACCAUAGGAAGGGAGCUGUCGAUGGGCACUCAAGGAAAUUGGCUUUCCUCCAAGGAGUAUUUAGAUCUUGUGAAGGCCAUAGGAGAAGCCAAGUCGAAGGCGGAGGAGGAGAGUAUUGUGAUGGCAGAGAUCGAACACCUGAAGAAGCGGAUAAUGGAGCCGGACGUGCCUCGCAAGAAAAUGAAGGAGUACAUCAUUCGGCUUGUGUACGUAGAAAUGUUGGGACACGAUGCAUCGUUUGGGUACAUCUAUGCUGUGAAGAUGACCCACGACGACAAUCUGUUGUGCAAAAGGAGUGGUUAUCUUGCGACGACGUUGUUUCUCAACGAGGAUCACGAUCUAAUAAUCCUGAUUGUGAACACUAUCCAAAAGGAUCUGAAGUCGGAUAACUAUCUUGUAGUUUGUGCUGCUCUUACGGCUGUGUGCAAGCUGAUCAAUGAGGAGACCAUUCCUGCGGUGUUGCCUCAAGUGGUUGACCUGUUAGGGCAUCCCAAGGAGCAAGUGAGGAAGAAGGCUGUGAUGGCUUUGCACAGGUUUCAGCAACGCUCUCCCAGUUCGAUGUCCCAUCUGCUGACAAAGUUUCGACAGAUUCUGUGUGACAAGGACCCAAGCGUGAUGAGCGCAGCACUAUGCGCUCUGUUUGACUUGGUCUCGGCUGACGUGAAAGGAUUCAAGAACCUGACGGCUAGCUUUGUGAGCAUCCUCAAGCAAGUUGCAGAGCAUCGACUUCCAAGGGCGUAUGACUACCAUCGCACUCCAGCUCCUUUUAUACAGAUCAAGCUUUUGAAAAUCUUGGCUUUGCUGGGGGCAGGGGACAAGCAUGCGAGCGAGAAUAUGUACAGUGUGUUGAUGGACGUUAUCAAGAGGAACGAACCUGGUAAAGGUGACCCUGGGUCGAACAUAACCAAUGCCAUCCUCUAUGAAUGCAUCUGCACUAUCACAGCAAUCAUGGCUAACAGUAAGCUCCUUGGGCUGGCUGCUGAAAUCACGUCCCGCUUUCUGAAGAGCGACAGUCACAACUACAAGUAUAUGGGCAUAGACGCGUUGGGGCGUGUGAUUGAAAUCAAUCCGGAUUUUGCGGAGGAACACCAGUUGUCUGUUAUCGAUUGUCUCGAGGAUCAAGAUGACACCUUGAAGCGGAAGACGCUGGAUCUGUUGUACAAAAUGACGAAGUCAAGUAACGUGGAAGUAAUAGUCGACCGCAUGAUAAGCUACAUGCGCACUUUGAGUGAUGCACACAACAAGACUGAGAUUGCCACUCGCAUCAUUGAACUGACGGAGCGAUUUGCACCCAGCAAUCAAUGGUUCAUACAGACGAUGAACCAAGUUUUUGAGCUGGCAGGGGAUUUGGUGCCUGUGAAAGUUGCGCACGAUCUGAUGCGUCUACUUUCGAAAGGCGCUGGUGAAGAUGACGAAGAAGCUGAUUCUCUUCUGAGAUCGUCCGCAGUGGAGUCUUAUUUGCAAUUGCUAGCAGAGCCCAAGCUUCCAUCAAUUCUUCUGCAGGUUGCGUGCUGGGUAUUGGGAGAGUACGGAACUGUUGACGGUACUCAUAGUGCCGAUGACAUCAUUGGCAAGCUGUGCGAUGUUGCCGAAGCUCAUCCCGGUGAUAACGUUGUGAAGGGAUAUGCAAUCACAGCAAUCACGAAGAUAUGCGCAUUCGAGAUUGGAGCGGGCAGAGAAGUUGAGCUCAUACCCGAGUGUCGGUCAUUUGUGGAUGAUCUGCUGGCCUCCCACUCCACGGACCUACAACAGCGGGCAUAUGAGCUGCAGGUAUUCUUUGGACUUGGUGCGGACCUCGUGCGGAAGGUGCUGCCUGUGAACGGAAGUGGCGAAGAGAUUGAGUUUGACAGGGAGUUGCCAUUUCUACAAGAAUUUGUGGAUUCUGCUCUGGCCAAUGGGGCCCGUCCGUACCUGGAUGAGAACGAGCGGCUUGGUGUGGACAGUGGCAUGAGCUCAUUCGUGAGUAGCAGCCGCAGCCAUCAUGAGCCGUCCCACGGUCUACGGUUCGAAGCGUAUGAAACGCCGACGGCAGCCAUUCCCUCCGGUUCUGCAGCUGCUCCCUCUUCUCUUCUUCCAGACUUCGAGGAGUCAGUGACUGAACUUACUCGAAGCGUGAGAAACCAGACCGAUAGUUCACAGGUGGACUUACUGGGGCCCGAAGUUGCAAGACUUCGGUUAGAUGGAGUGCAGAGGAAAUGGGGUCGUACGUCAGGUUCUUCUCAACCUUCUCUUGCGCCCACACCAGCCUCUGAGCAACAAAGGCGUGAUAGUGGUGUCUCAGAAGGCGCGAGCUCCAACAAGGAAAGCAGUCCAGCAGAGUUGUGGGAUGGUGAUGGAGCAGAGCCUAGACAUGAAAUCUACAGCAGCAGCUUCGAGGGAAAGAAGGUAGAGCGGGAAAUACCAGCGGAGAAGCAGAGACUGGCGGCAUCCUUGUUUGGUGGUUCAUCAGUCCAGAAAGGCAGUAGUGGGGGAGUGAAGGGAGGAGUGAAGGCGUCGAAGGCAGCAGGGAAUGUUCGACCCGGUGAGAAGGGCGUACCUCCGAGACCUGCGGCAGGGAGCGGAAAGAAGAAGAAUUGGAGCGCAGCUGAGCCAAAGCAAGCCUCGAGCUCGCUGAUGGACCUGGUGGACAUGAGUGGGGACGACUCACUACCAGUUCAUGAUGCUAAAGCAUCGUACGAUCCGUUCAAGGAGUUGGAAGGUUUACUCGGCGUGCCUUCCACAGCAGCGUCUUCCACAUCAGUAGGAUUGGGAAAGAGUACGAUGGAUUUUAUGUCUUUGUAUGACAGCGCUCCUGUUGUGUCCCAGAGUGCUAGCUCGUUAGCAGGUGAUUCUGAUGUGCUAUCUUUAAGCCAUAGACGCAGUGGUGGGAUGGAUGGCGCGAAUGGGGUUGAAGGAGGACUGAUAGACUUGAAUAUAUUGCCAAGCUUGAGUCCACUGGCGGGAUUGGGUGAGCUUGCGCAGUCAAGUUCAAGUUUAUCGCCAUCGACUGGUGUGUCAGACAAGAAAGGGCCUUCUCGUCAACAUUCUUUGCAAAAGGAUGCUGCCUCCCGGCAAGUUGGCGUCACUCCGACGGGUGCGAAUCCUGCUCUGUUUCAGGACCUUUUUGGGUGAUGCGAGGGUUGUUGUUGUUAUAACGCAAGGGAGGGGGAUACAGGAAUAGGUUGGAGUAGUUGCGUAAAUGAAUAUAUGAAUCGCUCCAUGUAGAGCCGUACUUGGUGUGGCUGGAGCAGAAGAAAUGAGAUUUAUCAUCGCCAUGAGACCACAUGGAGUUGUAGUAGU